AUGAACUUCCUCCAAAAGGGCCUGGCGGGGCUCGAGUCCCGCCUCGACAAAGUCCUCCUCGACGACAGCGAGCGCCAGCAUCAUCACCAUCAACACCAGCUUGAAUCCUCCCCUUCACCCUCUCCCUCCCCGGCACCGGCGCAAGCACCGGUGGUGCAAAAGGCGAAUGGCAGAAUGACGAUGCAGGAGCGCCUCGCGGCGGCCGUGGCGAAAGCGGACAGUGGCGGUGGCAGCCGGAGGAGCUCGGGGGAGUCGCUGCGUGAGCGUGAGAAUAGGCCGCCGGAGACGAGGCCGCCGGAGAAGGAGGGGGAGGGGGUGGUGAAUGGCGCUGGCGGCGGCGGCGGCGGCGGGGAGAAGCAGGAAGAGGUGCUGGCGAGGGAGGAGGAGGGGAUGGGGAGGGCGAGGGCGAGGGCGAGGGCGAGGGCGAGGGCGAGGGUGAGGGAAGAGAGGGAGAGGGAGGGAGAAAAGGAAAAGGCACGGGCGCCAGCGAGGAAGACCCCCACACCAGUACCAGGCGCAGGCGGCGGAGCAGCGACGGAGAAGAAGCUCGCAGAGGCACAAGAAAAGAUCGCGCUACUCCUCGAGGAGGGCGAGAAGCUCUCCCGCGGCGAGCUAAAGCUCCGCAACACAAUCAAAGAGCUGCGCCUCAAGACGCAAGACGAAGAGCGGCAGACCAGCGAGGCGCGCAAGCGCGCCGAGCGCGCCGAGAAGGACGCCGCCGACGCCAAGGAGAAGCUGAAGCGGGCGGCGGAGGACGGCAAGCGCGACAAGGAGCGGCUGCGGGGCGUGGGCAAGCUGGAGGGUGAGCUGCAGGCGCUGCGGGGCGAGAAGGAGGGGCUGCUGGCGGCGAUGGCGGAGCUGAAGGCGCGCGUGGAGGAGGGGGAGCGUAGGGCGGAGGAGGCGGAGAGGAGGGUGCAGACGGAGGCGCUGGAGGUGGAGAGGAGACGGAGUGCGGAGCUGGCGGCGGAGGUGGUGAGGGUAAGGGGUGAGGCGGCGGGGGUGGAGGAGGCGCUGAGGGUCGAGGUGGCGGAUUUGAGGAGUAAGAUUGCGCGCGAUGCGGAGAGGGCGAGGGGUGUGGAGGAGGAGCUGAAGGCGGAGCAGGCGGUUAUGGAGCGCAAGAUGGAGGCGCUGCGGGCCCGCGCGGAGGAGGUGUCGAGCGGCGCGAGCGGCGAUGCGCAUGCGAAGCUGCUGCGGCAGGUCGAGACGCUGCAGACGCAGUAUGCGAUUGCGAGCGAGAACUGGCAGGGCAUCGAGGGGAGCAUGCUGGGCCGGAUUGCGGGCCUGGAGAAGGAGCGCGACGAGCUGACGAGGAAGGAGGCCGACAUCAGGCGGAAGGCAAGAGACCUGAGCAUCAAGUCCAAAAACCUCGACAUGGACCUCGACACUGCAAACUCGCGUAUUAAAGACCUCGAGUCCGACCUGGCCAUCUCUCAGCAAACCACAGCCACGCUCCAAUCCCGCCUCAAAGCCGUCGAAACAGAGCUCACCACCCUCCGCAGCACAUUCGAGUCCGAGCGCCAAUCGUGGCAGCGCGACCUCGACACCAAGCUCUCCGAAGAGCGCCAGAAAUGGGCCGACCAGCACCAGCAGCACGGCUCACGCCCCUCCUCACCGCUCAACCUCCACCUACACACCGCGCCGCCCUCCCUCCCGCUCCGAAAGUCCUCCGGCCCGCUGUCGACUACAGAGUCCUACUUUGUCGGCACACGCAAGCCCAGCCGCUCCCCGGGCGACGUCUACACACCGUCUUCCGCGCCCGGCGGCACACCGACCGACCCAUUCUCGCGGCGCGGGUUCAGCACGCCCCCCACUGCAGCCACAGCGCGCAUGGCGCCAGCCGCAGAAGAGGACGACAGCGACUACUUCGACAACAUCCCGUUCUCGCCGCGGCGCGGCGACAUGGUGAGCGUGUCUACUGUUGCGGCGGGUCCGUCCGUGCAGCUCGUCGAGCGGAUGUCAGCGACGGUGCGGCGGCUGGAGAGCGAGAUGGUUGCGGCGCGCGAGGAGGUUGCUGCGAUGGCGAGAGGCAGGGACGAGGCGAGGGCGGAGGUGGUGGAGCUUGUAAGGGAGCUGGAGGAGAAGCGGGCGUGUGGCGAGAGGGUGGGGGCGUUGGAGGCGGAGGUGGGGGUGUUGCGGAGGAGGGAGGAGACGGCGCUUGUUAUGCUGGGGGAGAAGAGUGAGGAGGUGGAGGAGUUGAGGGCGGAUGUGGAGGAUUUGAAGCAGAUGUAUAGGGAUUUGGUGAGUGAUUUUAAUAAGUAG